AUGCCGACCACAACAAUGGCAUUAUCGAGUCCUUUGAACCCAUCAACGUUGACAGUCACUUCACAAUCGAGUACACUUAAAGAUGAAACGGUAGCAAUUUCACCUCAAUUAACUGUACAACAUGAUUUAACCACAUCCGAAACGGCUCAAUUAUCUUCUCCAAAUGCUGACGAUGUUGAAGAUAUCAAAGCAAAUGUAAAUGGAAAUAACGUGAGAAAUGGAGGCGCUUUAACUUUAUUGACAGCAGAACAUGGCUCACCAAAAAUGUCGCUUCAUUCACCAAUCACAAUAGGAACAGCAUCUCUUACAACAGACAUUGAUGUUGACCUCAAUAUGAAGAGUAACGAUAUAAGCUGCUUAAAUGUUGCUACAUCGCCAUCACCAACUGGUGCAAAUAGUACCAACCACUUCUUGAACGGUUCUAAUGGACAUUUAAUGAUGUCGCAAAGUGGUGGUGGUGGCGGCGCAACUUUAAAUUUCCAAGCAGCAAAUUCGCCAGAAAGUCCCUGGUCGAUUGGAGAAGUGGAAAAUUCAGGAUUUGUAAAUUUUCCAACAACCAAUAAUGGACAAAUGCAUAAGCGACCCAUUAUGUCACAGCAGCCGCAUCAUGGCUUGUCUGCUUCCAGUUCCCAAGGAUUAUCGCCAAAUCCCAACUCACCAUCGAAGUAUCGUCGAAGCACUUCAUAUCCCGGUAAAAAUCAGAACAACAUGCAUGGAUUUCAAAUGGACGCAGUUGGAGGGAUUAUUGAAGAUCAAUCUUACAUGUCUUACCAGGAUCGCAAUAUGGAUAUGCGGUCGCUCGAGCACUGCUUAAACGACAUCACAAAUACAGGCGGAGUUCAAUCGGAUUUAAAAGGUGAGUUCAUUGUUGGUUUUAUUUUAAUCGCAUUUGUCACGACGAUAAGAAUCGACUAA